UUUUAAUGAUGCCUCAUGCGCCUAUCGGUGGUUCCAAUAUUUAUCUCCGUAUUUGCCUUCGUUUCUCCAGCCCCCUCGAAGAAUCGACGUUCGAUAUUUAGUCCCGGCUAGGUCUCUGGUUUAUCACCAUCUAUCUAGCCUUUCCGUUGUUACUUCGUCACCUCGUUAUCGCGACCGAAUUCUACUUUUCUAAACACCUCUUACCUUUAACACCGCCAAGAUGGGUAUCCCGGCUGCUUUUCGAUGGCUCUCCAACAAAUAUCCCAAGAUCAUAUCCCCUGUUGUGGAAGACAGGCCCAUCGAGAUGGACGAUGGUACAGUUAUUCCUGUCGAUACUACGCGACCGAAUCCGAAUGGCGAGGAAUUCGAUAAUUUGUAUUUGGAUAUGAAUGGUAUCGUGCAUCCUUGCUCCCAUCCAGAAGACAAGCCUGCCCCAAAGGACGAGGAAGAGAUGAUGGUGGAGAUUUUCAAGUAUACCGACCGCGUGGUCAAUAUGGUCCGUCCAAGAAAGCUGCUUAUGAUUGCAAUUGAUGGUGUUGCGCCUCGAGCAAAGAUGAACCAGCAGCGAUCGCGACGAUUCCGUUCCGCCCAAGAAGCUAAGGAAAAGGAAAUCGACAAGGAGGAAUUAAUGAAGAUGGUGAAGAAGCAGAAUGGUGGCGAAUUACCGCCCGAGACACUCGAGGCUGCAGCGAAAAAAGCCUUCGAUUCUAACGCUAUUACGCCUGGUACACCUUUCAUGGACAUACUAGCAAUGAGUCUGAGGUAUUGGUGUGCCUACAAGCUAAACACUGACCCUGGAUGGGCUAAUAUGAAGAUCAUCAUCUCCGACGCUACAGUUCCUGGUGAGGGUGAGCAUAAGAUCAUGAACUUUAUCCGCUCUCAGAGAACAUCCCCCAAUCAUGAUCCCAACACGAGACAUGUCAUCUAUGGAUUAGAUGCCGACUUGAUUAUGCUUGGACUUGCCACUCAUGAGCCUCAUUUUCGCGUUCUCCGAGAAGAUGUCUUUUUCCAAGACGGAAAAAGCAAAACCUGCCGUAUUUGUGGUCAGAAAGGUCACGAUGCACAAAACUGCCGUGGCGCAGCCAAGGAGAAAGAGGGCGAAUUCGAUGAAAAAGAUAAGCCUGUACCCCUGAAGCCAUUCAUCUGGCUCCAUGUUUCAGUUUUGCGAGAAUAUCUCGCCGUCGAGCUAGAUGUACCAGGACUUCCCUUCGGUUUUGAUCUCGAGCGUGCUAUCGAUGAUUGGGUAUUUAUGUGCUCUUUUGUCGGCAAUGACUUCCUCCCCCAUCUUCCCGCUCUGGAAAUCCGCGAGAAUGGCAUUGACACAUUAACUGCCAUUUGGAGAGACAAUUUACCUUCCAUGGGUGGGUUUGUUACCAAAGAUGGCCACGUGAAUCUGGAAAGAGCUCAGUAUAUCUUGAAUGGCUUAGCAAAGCAAGAGGAUGCUAUCUUCAAACGACGAAGAGAGGUCGAGCAGCGAAGGGAAGCCAGUUUUAAGAGACGAAAGCUCCAAGAACAGAGGAAUGGACGUAAUGGCAACCAGUACGACCGAGGCAAUGGAGGUAGUGCUAAUAGCUCACUCCCCGGCGGCCUCUCUGAAAGUCUUACUCACGAUAUGAUUGUCAAUCGAGGAGCUCAAGAUACCAAUGUGGCAAACAAGAGCGCUGCCGCGGUACUCAAGAGUCGGAUCCAGUCACUUCAAUCAGAAGCGGGCACAGGUACCCCCGAAGCAAAUAGCACGGAAGAACCAGAGUCUCCUUCUGCUCCUGGUAAGCGCAAAGCAUCUGUGAUGGAGGAAGAAAAUCCGGAUACCCCUGCGAGUAGUACAGCGGCAGCGGAAGAGCCGGAAGACUCUGUCCGGUUAUGGGAAGAAGGAUAUGCUGAUAGGUAUUACGAGCAAAAAUUCCACGUCGACCCGAAGGACAUCGAGUUUAGGCACAAAGUCGCUCGAGCUUAUGUUGAAGGACUUGCUUGGGUUUUGAGGUACUAUUUCCAAGGAUGUCCGUCAUGGGAAUGGUUCUACCCUUAUCACUAUGCACCCUUUGCGCAAGACUUUGUGGACAUUGGUAAUAUGGAAAUCAACUUCGAGAAGGGUAGAAUUGCAAAGCCAUUUGAGCAGCUCAUGAGCGUUCAGCCUGCCGCAUCUCGUCACGUCCUUCCGGAAAUUUUCCAUGAUCUUAUGACGAAUUCAGACAGCCCCAUCAUUGACUUUUACCCCGAGGAGUUUGAGAUCGAUCUCAAUGGGAAAAAGAUGGCGUGGCAGGGUGUGGCGCUUCUUCCAUUCAUCGAAAUGCCUCGGCUCCUUGCUGCCGUACAGGAGAGAUAUCCACAUCUGACUGCUGAGGAUGCAGCUCGCAACAGCCCUGGCAGAGAUGUUCUCCUACUUUCCGAGGCCAACCAAGAGUUGUACGAUGAUAUUAUUACACAUUUCUACUCCAAGAAACAGGGCGAACCUAGGUAUAAACUCAACCCCCGCUUAAGUCAAGGUCUAUCUGGAACCAUAGAAAAGGUGCCCGAGUAUCUUCCUCAUGGCAGCUUGGAAUACCCGCUAGAGAGGAAGGCAAUGCCUGAUGUGGAGGAUGACCGAUCAUUAACGGUGUACUACGAGAUGCCGAAUGCGCAUAGCCACAAGUCUAUGCUUUUACGAGGCGUCCAGAUGCCAGUAUCAGCGCUUAACCGCAGCGAUAUGGAAGAACUGAAGGGGAAGAUGCGAAAUUCCGGUCGAAGCCAUGGCGGUGCACCUCUUGGGCGUCAAGGUGGAUGGGAUGGUAACAGGAGAGAUAGGAUUAAUUACGGACCCGAUUCUCGACGAGAUAGACCUGAACGACCGCCGUACCAGCAGAACGGAUACAACAAUUCAUAUUCUGCGCCUCCUUCACUUCCACCUCCUGGUUGGAUACCGCCACCUCCUGGUUUUCCAGGAUUCGGUAGCGGAUUACCACCACCGCCGCCACCUGCCUAUACUGGUGGUUCCAGGGCGUACGGUGGCCAAUACGGAGGUGGCUAUGGAGGAAACCACGGCGGAAACCACGGAGGCAAUUACGGAGGUAAUCGCGGAGGGGGACGUGGAGGUUACGGAGGUUACGGAGGUCCACAAGGACGUGGAGGAUAUGCUUCAGCUCCGGCUCCGCAUGGUCAAAACAAUUAUGGUGGCCAAUAUAAUCGGGGACCCCCUCCUCCUCGUGAUAAUCGAGAUCGUCGACAGUAUGACGACCGAGGCGGCUAUCGAAGUAGCAAUUCCUAUGGUAAUGGUUACAGGUGAUACAGAGGAAUGGGAUAUAACUGAUCCAUUGAGGAACAAUACAAGAUGCACUAUUCACAAAGUCGAUCAAAUUAUAUGGCAGAUAGCCACAUAGCUUAAAUAUUUACCUCAAACAAACAUUCCGCCUCACUAAUCCUUUUAUUCGAACUUGAUACUGUACCUCGUAAU